AAGUGUAAGUCUUAGGACUAGAUUGUGUAGCGAGACGCCAUCUUGAUCUUACCGCUUGAGCUUCAGUUUGAUUUUCUUUUCGUACUAGUACGAAGACCGGUUGAGGGUGCGUCACUAGCUGUGCAAUAAUAGGAAGAAAUAUUAUUAAUUACAAUUAAUAACUUUUCUGUUUCAAAACCGUUGUAUCAUGGGAGUAGAUGUGCAAACUCUUUCUCCGGGUGAUGGUCAGACUUUUCCCAAGACAGGCCAGACCGUCGUAGUACACUAUACAGGAACUUUAGAAAAUGGAGUAAAAUUCGAUUCAUCAAGAGAUCGUGGAGCACCUUUCAAGUUCCGCAUCGGAAAGGGAGAAGUUAUUAAAGGAUGGGAUCUAGGUGUUGCUCAGAUGAGCGUGGGUCAACGAGCAAAACUCACCUGUUCUCCUGACUUUGCUUAUGGUUCCUGCGGCCAUCCUGGAAUUAUUCCCCCGAAUGCAGUGCUGAUAUUCGACGUUGAACUACUCAAGGUGGAAUAAGUUGUGUUUUAAACCAAAAAAAGAACUGAAAACCUGAUCUAGGAAUGUAACAAUAAUUUUAAUUUUGAAGAUGUGACUAAAGUUACUUAUACUGUUUCAGUGUUGUUGUACAGUAAUGAUUUAUACAAGUAAUCAACUCCUCUUCAAACUUUUUUGUGGAUCACAAAUGUCUCCGUUUCAAUAGCUAGUUAACUGUAAAGUUGUCUACUUAUAGUAAUGUUGCCAAUUUGUUACAUUCCUAUAGUGUUAUUAACCAGAACCUAGUCUCUUUUACACUUUAGCAGAUUUGGUAUGAUGGACUGUGAACUGCCUUACUCUACCAUCUUGUCAUCUAUCAAAAUAUUAUAUUGUGAAGGUAGUUUUCAAAAUUAAAAUCAUAUGAAAUGAGUGUUUGUAACUGCCAACUGGCAAUUUGUGUAAGGUCAAUAGUUGAUGCUAAUAUCAACUUAGGGCAAAGCAAUUUGAUAGCAAAAUAAAAUAACAUCAGGGUUAUCAACAUAAGUUCUUCCUGCAUUCCAUAUUCAUUCUAUCUCAACACUGUCUCCAUUACAAGUAAAGUAGUAGUAAACUGCCAUGUGUACUGAAUGAUCAUUUUCAAAGUGAAUCCUGUACUUUUGCACUAAAGUUACAUUAGCAUAAUCUGUCUGGUCAACUUAGUAACUUCCAUUGUAGUUUUUUUAAUCUGUUGUAGUUUUUUUAAUGUUAAACUAUCUUAAAGUAAAUUAUUUGCAUUUUUAUGUAAUAUUCUGUGUCAAAUACUCAAUGUUUAUGUGUAUCUUCUACCCAUUAAUAAAAUGUCAGGAGUAAAUGUUUCCUCUUGGUAUGAAAACAAACUUGUUAUAUUCUUUCAAUUUACUCAUAUGAUUUGAAUGUAAUUGUCAUGUCUUGGAAAUAAAAAGAAUUGUUUUAAUC